AUGCUGUUGCCUCCCUGGCUUGAGCCACUCCUAACCACACCCUUUUUCAAUGUGUGCCGGGUUCACCGAGAUGCUGCCAGGAGCGAAUGUAACAUGUUUUGUUUGGAUUGUAACGAGGAUGCGUUUUGCUUUUAUUGCCGUUCCUCGCGACAUAAAGAUCACCAAGUGAUUCAGAUAAGGCGAUCUUCGUAUCACGAUGUAGUGAGGGUGUCGGAAAUUCAGAAAUUGUUGGACAUUAGUGGAGUUCAAACCUAUGUGAUCAACAGUGCCAGAGUUUUGUUUCUGAACGAGAGGCCUCAACCAAAGUCUGGAAAAGGUGUUGCUCACAUUUGUGAGAUUUGUGGAAGAAGCCUCUUGGACCCAUUUAGGUUCUGUUCUUUGGGGUGUAAGGUUGUGGGAAUAAAGAGAAACGGGGAUACCAAAAAUGAGGCAUCAACAAUGGAGGGUAUGUCAAAGAGAUUGGUUUCUUCAAGACACGAGCAAGAAGAAGAAUUGCGUGAAGGCUCACAACAAGACAUGUACCCGGCCACGCCUUCUCCACCUGCUUCAAACACAAGGAGGAGAAAAGGCAUUCCUCAUAGGGCACCUUUUGGCUCCUAA